AUGGAAGAAUCGACAUCAGACAUUCCCGCGACCUCGGCAUCUUCUGCUCAAGAAAACGCUGUUGUUGAUCUAAGACGGAGUGGUCGUGAGAGAAGUACCACACAACGCGAUGAGCUCAAAGCACAGCCCAAGAGCUCUCUUAAAAGAAAAAGAGCAAGCGCUAUCGACAGCGACAACAAGAAUCUACAGCAUGCACCGAAGACACAUGCGCGAAAUGCAGCCACGACAAGCAAGUCCAAAGCAUCAAGCAAAUGUGUGGCAAGCAACAAACCCACUCAGUCUGCCAAUGCGAGCGCCAAGCCAACAUCCAAAUCGCGUCUCGAAUCCUCAUCCAAGAAUGUAGGAAAUGUCGUCGAUCUCACUGGUGAUGAUGAUGCUGCGACAUCGUCGAAGAAGCAAAAGAAGCCCCGAGCUGGCAAAGGCGAGGAAAAACGCCUCAAGAGAGAGCGCUCGCACGCGCCACAGAAGUACACAACUGUCGCCCAUCGCGCUACAACUCAACGUAUGGUAGUGAUUGAUCGGCGACGUAUAGACAACGACGACUGUCCACACCAAACUCCACAUUGUCCUAUGGAAGAGGUUGAUCUCGCCGGCAGCACGGGCAACAUCUAUACAGUCAAGAUCACACAUGUGCCCGAGUGUACCUGUCCAGACUUCCGUGUCAACAACAACCCGCAGUGCAAGCACAUAAUUUACGUCUUGUUGAAGGUUCUGAAAGUGUCAGAGCCAUUGAACUUCCAAGCAGCAUUCUUGACCUCGGAGCUGCAAGAAAUCUUUGACCACGCUGGACCUCUACCUGCGGAGACAGUACACAUCGAAGAUAAAGACGGAAAGCGUAAGCCGAUCGAAGGAGACUGUCCGAUUUGUUGCGAGGAGCUCUCUCAGGAGAAAGAAACCAUCGUGUGGUGUCAAGCAGCCUGCGGCAAUAACCUCCACAAAACUUGCUUCGAUCAAUGGGCUGCAACAAAAGGUCACGGCCAAGUGACUUGCCCUUACUGCCGGACUCAGUGGCAAAGCGACAUUGACGGCAGCGCUCUCAAGGGUUUGGCCAAAACUGGCCCCAAGAACCGGGACGGAUAUGUCAACGUGGCGGAACAAGUCGGCAUGUCUAGCAGACGAGACUAUUCUACCUAUCAUGACUACUGGGUUCGUGCGCAGCGACGAAACGGACUACUUGACAACGAAGAUUAUGAUUAUGAUUAUGAGGACGACCAUUAUUGA